CUUAUAACGAUCUCCCGGCCUGCAGGCUUCCCCUCCCAGUCCUACAACUACCUAUCAAUAUGUUCGCCGCAGUCCGUAACCGGGACGUGAGCACGUUGCGCUCGCUGCUACUGUUGGCAGACCCAUCAACGACAGGAGGAUCUCCGCACCACUACACUCUUGGCCCCGGAAGCGGCAGUUUUGGGAAACAGUCAGGGUUCAAAGGCAAAGGAGGGGCGGAUGUGAAUAAGCGGGAUACGGACGGAAACACCGCUCUUCACGUCGCGACGUCUCUUGGCAACUAUGAGGUGGUGGAGACCCUACUCGAAAGCGCCAAGGUCAAUGUGAACCUGCAAGAUGUUGAAAGUGGAUAUACUCCACUCCACAGAGCCUUGUACGAUGGUAACAUCUGGAUGGCGCUGCUGCUACUGCAAACGAGGUCCGACUGUGACCUCAUGCUUACCGAUCGGGAGGGAAAUACCUGUCUGGACUUGCUUGCAUCGACCAUGGAGAUCACGCGACCAAAGUCUGAACUCAUACAAUCUGACUCGAGCGAUGAAGAUGAAGAGGACGUUCCGUCUAGACACGAGAGAACGGCUGACGCUGUGACUCCUUCUACGUCUCUUUGGACCUGGGGUGCGAACACAAACUAUGUGCUGGGCCAGGCAAACUCAGACGAUCGGGCUUUUCCAGAACGGGUUGGCAUCACAACGACCUAUAAACGGAAGCGUCCCAAUGUCACGGCUCUAACAUUUGACACCCAUGAUCCACUUACCCAUUCUUUGACAUUAUCGAAAUACCACGGCGGAGUUCUUACAAGCAGCGGCUUGUUCAUGCACGGAUUUGGUGCUGGAGGUAGACUCGGAUUGGGAAACGAGGAGACGACCCUUCUUCCCACGCUCGUAUGCGGUAUCAAGGGAGAGAUCAGUCUUUUGACUCUGGGUCCUGAGCACAGUGUGGCUGUGACCACCAUUGGGGAGGUUUGGACCUGGGGAAGCAACAAAUUGGGGCAACUCGGCUAUCUUACCGAGCUGAAUGGUACCGAGCCAUCGUGCGAGCUUGAACCCAGGGAAGUCGGAGGAGUCAUAAAGAAGAUUCGCAUCAUCGGGGCAGCAGCAUCUCGGCAUCAUACGGCUGUAUUUUCCGACACAGGAGCGAUUUUCACAUGGGGCUUGAGCGUGGGACAGUUGGGAUAUAACCAGCCGUUAAAUACGGUGCACGCCCACCCGAAAAAGAUUACAGAUUUCCCGCAGCAAGAUCUACUACAGAUAUCGGCGACCAAAAACGCCACCGCCGUACUGACGGCGACGUACGAAGUUUUUGUUUUCGCAGAGUUCCGGUACCAGCGCGUAGCUUUCGGACUGCAGCUUUCUGCCAAAGGAAUCUCCAUACAUCAGUUCCGGAACGAGAAGCCGCCAUACGUGAAGAAGAUUGUGUCCGGGAAUCAUCAAUUUGCGGCAUUAACAACCUCGGGAGACGUGUUUCUGUGGUCGCCUCCGGAACCGGAGUUUGCUGAUACAUGGCAACAGCAAAGCUUCCCACAGAAGCGGCCCAGGAAGGUUUGGUCGGUGCGAAAAAAGCACUUCGCUGCAAGAGAUGUCGCCAUCGGUAUCGAUUCUACCUUGAUUAUACGCACGGACAGCGGGCACGUCUUCAUCGGGACACGGCGAAAGAAUCUGAAGGUUAAGGCGGCCAUCAACGAUGACGCGAAGGAGGCUGUGUAUUACAAGUACCAUCGGAUCCCUGGCUUGCAGCACGUUGAGCAAGUCGCGGCAAGCGUUUCGGGCGCCUUUGCCGCGAUUCGGGUUGACAGGCGUCCGCCGAUCAUUGCUGUGCCCACCAGUACUCUCCGAGAAGAUCUUCGCGAUGCCCUUGCGAAAGCGGACAAUGAGGAGGAAUUCCCCAAUCCUGACGUCGUAUUCAUCUGCAGAGAUGGGGUUCGGAAACGAGCCCAUCGAGUGAUAUUGGGGUGCCGGUCGCCCUUCUUCCUGCAUCUGUUCCGAGAAAUGGCGCUCUCGAGGGACUCGCCAGUUAGAGUGGUGCAGGGCCUCACAGCCCGCCGUAUCACAUCCGAGGACAUGAAUGGCGCGUUGUGCGACGUUUACGAGAUCAGCUGUCCCGACCUGCACUCGAAAUCUGUCUCUUUAGCUUUGGAUUACAUCUAUACGGGCGGGUUUCAACGAGACUGGGAUCAUUCCAUCUUUCUCAAAUCGGGAUCAAAGUCGAAACGGCGUGGGAGUGUCACGGCAGGUUCGAAGGGCAAAAACAAGGCGCAUCACUAUGACAAACCAAGCGAUGACGCGGAGAUCACCCCAGCGAUCCUCCACCGAGAGUUCAACGCCCUCAUCAAGAUGUGGGACCUAGGAGACUCGCCCACCAGCUACAUAGCACCCAUAGACGGGCCACAGUACUUCGAGCACAUCUAUUCCAUCUACACGCACCUCCACGACAAAUUCGCCCCUUUCACGGACAUCACCCUCCGCGCCUCCGACGGCUCCAUCCACGCCCACAGCGUCAUCCUCGCCGCCCGCUGCGCCUUCUUCAAAGCCAUGGUCAACGGCCAAUGGGCCGCUGUCCACGAGGACAACAAGCGCGUCGUCUCCCUGUCCCACUUUCGGGUUGAAGUACUGCAGGUUGCGCUGGAUUACAUCUACGGACGCGCGGCGGAUAAAGUGUUUGUUGGGAUUGAGAAACCGGGCGUGGCGGCGUUUAUCACGUUUGUGAUGGAGGUUUUGGCGUGUGCGGAUGAGCUUAUGCUGGAUGGGCUGAAGAGGGGGUGUGAGGUUAUUAUACUGCGGGAUUUGAGUGUGACGACUAUGGUGCGGUAUUUGAAGGUGGCGGAUAUGUAUGGCUGUGCGGAGUUGAAGGAUCGGUGUUUGGAUUUCGUCUGCUGGAACCUCGGCACAGCCAUCGAAUCCCGCCUCCUCUCCGACAUCGAAGAAGACCUCCUGGACGACAUCCAAUCCCGCCUGCACGAACUGCAACGUCGUAAAUUCCCCUUCAUGCGCGGCCCCGAUAGCCCGUACCUCCGCGCCAAAUCCGUCGCGUUGCAAGAGGAGGAGGAUCGCAAGAAUCGACGUAGGGAGGAGUAUGAACGGCGAAUGGAGGUAGCGGCGAAGGAGGAACAGGGGGGGAGUUCGGGCGAGUCGGAUGUGCCGGAACGGAAGGGGAGGUAUGAUAGUAGUGGGGCGGAGGGGGAUGGGCCGGAGGAUGGGGACGAGGAUGUCUUCGAUAUGGAGUUGGAGGGUGCGGCGGACGCGUCGAGCUCGGCGCGGAAAGGGCGGGUGAGUAACCCGGCGCUGAAUGCAAAACCGCAGACACCGACGAAGAAGGGGAAGAAGACGUGGAAGAAGGUGGAUUUGAAUGGUUUGCAUGCUGUUGGCGGGGGGUUUGCGUCGCCUACACCUGCGGGAGGGCUUGGUGGGAGCCCGCAGUCGCAGAACAAGGGUUCACCCUUUUUCGCGCCGGGUGAUUCGGGAAAGCCUCGAACGGCUGGUACACCCUUCGGUGUGGGAGCGGGAGAUAAGCGGUCUUCAGUCAAGUCAUGGGCACCAGUGGCGACGCCGCGGACUGCCGAGAAGGUGUCGUUGAAGGAUAUUAUUAUGAAGGAGGCUGGCAGCAGCAAGGGAACUCCUACUGUGAACGGCCCCGUUGGAUCUCGUUCUGCCGGGACAAACUCGACAUUUGGGGAGAGGAAAGGAGGCGAGUCAGGACCUUUCUCAGCGCGACGCGUAUCCGCCAUUUCGACGGCGUUGACACCAGGUGCGGCUGCAUCGACCACGCAUUUGGCGGUAAACAACAACCCGCCGUUGAACAGAGCAUCGCAACUCCCGCCCCGAUCCCCUUUAUUCCCCGCCACUUCCUCGUCCCAAGACGGACCCCCCGCGCUCUCCCUGUCAGUCUCCCUCGCAGGUCUUUCCAUCAGCCAAAUGCCAUCUCCAACCAAAAUGUCCCAAAAAGAACGGAGGAGAUCCGCAGCGGCCGCCAGAGCAUCGGGAAGCAAUAACCACCCGGGAACCCCUCCGCCGCCGCCCCAGCUCUCGGCAUGGGCGACACCGCAAUCGGCCGGUUCGCCAUCCAAACACCCGCCGCCCCCCAUUAGUCGGGGUGGGAGCAGUUCCGCGCCGCGUAUACAACACCACCCGCUCACCCCAACCGCAGGUCCAAGCCCCUCCCCCAACAAACCGGCUUGUACCCAACCAACCAAACCCGAGACCCCCCUCUCCCUCCGCGAAAUCAUGCAGCACGAAGCCAGCACCUCCGCCGCGAACCAAUCACGGCUCUCCUCCUUUGCCUCCAUCCAAGCCGAACAGCUGCAAGCCGCGCAAGCGCUGACUCGAAAAUUGAAGAAACCGCUGGAGCGCAUCCAGGCGGAGGAGCGCGCGAUUGUGCAGCUGAAGGAGUUUUAUGACAUGACUAGGGUGGAGGGGAGUACGGAGUGGGUGGUUGUGGUCCGGGAGGGGGAGAGUGUUGCGGGGAGGCAAGGGAGGUAGAUGUGAGAGGUGACGGAGGAGGCGGCGGGGAGAGGACAUGGCGCGCAUCGGAGUCGAUCGAUUGUGCUUUAUCCAUACUUCCUGCUUUUUGGACAGUCCUGACACUGGUUUCCUGUAUCGUGUUUAUACCUAUAUCUGUAGAAAUGGGUGCCACUUCACUCCUGGAGAGCAAGCAUCUUUACUUGUCAGACGUUCGCGCGUUUUUGAGAUUUCACGCGUUCGUACGGGUGACUUUUCCCAGCCCUACCUCAUAUUUCCUACAUGACCUCUACGACAAUAAUGGACGACUUCUCUUUGAUCUUGCAUG